AUGGACACAUAUCGACACCCACCCGGCGACCUCCCGCGACUGUACAACAAGACCAGUAGACUCAAAGCCCGGGACACAACCACGCAAUUCGCGAGAAUUAGAGCUACUCAACUCUUCAAAGACGCCGUUGCGGAUCACUUCGACUGGAGUAGCAGGCGCCCGACACCUUUCAUAACGUUCUUUUCGGUCGAGCAGCAUGCCGUAAGAUGGACACUCUGUUUGGAAAGAUGGGGCAGAAGCGAGCCAGGUGAAGACGACUGGUUUAUUCUCACCAUCGACACGUCAACGCUCACAGAUGUCCACUUUUUCAAGCUUAGCACGCUUGUCGAUCGGUUUGGUCUUGGAAGCAAGAUCGAUUCAAAAGUGCAAGAAUCUCACAAGCGAGGGGCGUACAUUUGUUUGCAUGGGAUCCCGGCUCGUGCGAUUGAUCCAGGAAAGACCAAGUGGAAGUUUGAUGUUAUUGGGCGAUCUCCAGAAACGGAAGAGGAGGAAGAGUCUGGGGGGUUUUCGGGUCUUUUGCAGCGCAUUCUGGGGCUCUCUUUGGGGAAUUGA